UAUAUUACACAAAUGUUUUAACAAAUUGGCAAUUCUAGGAGCAAAAGGUGCCAAAAGUGCAGAAUCCCCUUGAGCGGAUAACGCAGAUGUGCACGCUUUGAUUGUGUUCCGUGCAUGAAUUGUCGAUUAAAACGGAGUUGCACAUUUUUUGUCAAACAGUGUACGGCGUGACUUAUAUGUACUGCAAAGUACAUGCUUAGAUGGGACGACAGAUACACUUUUAUUUUUAAUACUUGACGAGAUAAAUAUUACAUUGCUUCCAGAUAACCCCGGUGUAUUAUCUGCUUCACCCGAGUAUAUGCACGUGUCUGACCAGCCACCGUUUCGGGUGUCGCGCAUUUUUACGCCGUUAUGCAUGUCAUAUUCUCUGUUUUAACCAAAAGCACAAACUGAGCAUGCCGUGCGUUGUUACAUUUCGUCGGUGUAACAGAUUUCCUAACCCUAAAGGUCAACUUUAGCAAUUAAUAUCUCGCUUCGCGGGGCAGAGCGACGAUUUUGCCCGGGGAAAAAGUUGUUUCUCUUUUGAAAAACGCGUCGAAUGAGACGAAAUUUUACUGACUUUUGAGGUGGCGUAGCUGUACUGAAGAACUACCAAAUGUCCAGCGAAUGUACGAGAAAACUGAGGAAGAGGAAAUCCAUUUCUCUAGACAUGAAGAUCGAGAUUUUAAAUCGACUCGAGAGACUGGAGAAACCGUCGUCGAUCGCCAAGUCGUACGGGAUAAACGAGUCGACGAUCCGAACGAUAAAGAAGAUGGAGAGGAGCAUCAGAAGUAGCGUGUCCUCCGGGUCCUUGACGAGCCUGAGGUGCUCCUCGUACACGAGGAAUCCCGCGAUAGAGGCCAUGGAGAAGGAGCUGAUGAUCUGGAUCGCGGAUAAGGUGCAGAGGAGGGUGCCCGUCAACAGUUCUACGAUAAGGCAAGAGGCCGUGAACAUUUACAACUCGUCGAGAGAGCGUAGAUCCAGCGAUCAGCAGCCCAACUUCUCCGGCAGUAAAGGAUGGUUCGAGAAGUUCAAGAAGAGAUACUCGCUACACUACCACAUGGGCGACAACGGCGAGCUGUUGGAUCGCGAGUUGAUCGACGACGAGUUGAUUGACAUGAUGUCCGCGCACAACGAGACCCAUCCCGCCGACGAAUCCGGCAGUGACGCCGACGAGUCGGCACCGUUUACCGCGCAGAGCAUUCACGGGGCUCUCCAGCUGGCCGCGGAGCUGGAGAGCGCAAUUCUACACAUGGACCCGAACGUUCAGCGAGCCUCGAGGUUUCGACGGGACUUGAGAAGGUGUUGCGCCGAGUAUCGGGAGAUUUACGAGAGUCUGAGCAAAAAGAAUCUCGAGGAGAAACCAGCCGGGGAGAGAUACGCUGGUGACGAAAUCAAGGUGGAGGUGUUGAGUAUUUCUCCCGAGGACUUUGCAUCAAUCAAGAAGAAGAGACCGAUCGCUGUGAAUUGCAGUACUGACAACGAAUAAAAUUUCAAUCCGCCCCGCAUCUUCGUUACUUCUGUGCGAAUACAAAUGCGAAAUAAAUAUUUUUGCAAUGCGUACGCGCGGGCUCUUCCUUUACGUAUUGUUUUGCUUUUGCAUCUUACAUCAGGGCAGACUACGCGAUUCUCGGCUGCGUAAAGGCUAAUCUACGACGUGUUCUUUGCGUAUAGAAACGUUCUACUUUGUAGUCAAUAAAUACGUAUCGAUUUUCGAUUCGAAAA